UCUUCUGUCUGUUUGUCUUGCUGACUUAUCUGUCUGUCUGUCAGACUAUCUGUCUGUCUGUGUACUGUCUAGCCAGCAUAUGCCAGAAAGGUUCUUUCACAUAGGCUCAUAUUCACAAAGUCUCAUAGAAGGAGAGCUGAUCAAUAAUCCGUUUUGUCUUUUAAAUCAAACUGAAUCCGUUUUGAUGGACAGGAGGGGACCUGAUCCUAGAUCAGCACUCCUACACUGAAACACUUUGUGAACACAAUCCAGGUGUGAUUAUGAAGUUGUGAUGAGCUAUUAUUAUAUUAGUCCCGUGAUGUAGGCUAGAGCUUGAGUACUGUAGUCUGAAGGCUGUUUCUGAAUUCACUGACCUGGUGAGUAAAUGUUGUGUACAAUGGCACCAUCUAGUGACAGAAACAUAGAAACACACAUUGUUGCUGAACGAAGGCAUCUCUUAUAUUUUCCAGAAAUCAAACUUGUAGACCUUUCCUGCAGUCUCUGAGGAGAUGGACACCUCUUCUUCUUCUGGACGAUCUCCGUCUCCUACUGGGACUGUCUUCUUACCCCCUCCUAUCAUGUGGAACAGUCUCUACAAGCAGGCAGAGAUGGAGGUUCAGUUCCUGAGGGAAGAGAAGAAGACCUGUACAGAGUAGGAAGCCCACAUGCUUGAGUUGAGGGGGAAGGAUCGAACGAUCCAAAAUCAGAAGAAGGAGAUGGACAGACUUCAAGUGUGCCUCUGGGAGGAGGCAAAGAAGAAGAGGAAUGGUGGAACGGAGAAGGACGAGAUGAUUGAACAACUACAGUCUGAGACAGAGCAUCUCAGAGCCCUUUUGAAAGAUGAAAGGAGGAGAAGAAGAGUAGAAAGGGGUAUAAUGAAAGAGUGGAAGGCUGAGAUCCUGAGACUGAGGGAGGCAGAGAGCCAGAGGGAGGCAGAGAGCCAGAGGGAGGCAGAGAGCCAGAGGGAAGCAGAGAGACAGAGGGAGGCAGAGAGACAGAGGGAGGCAGAGAGACUGAGGGAGGCAGAGAGACAGAGGGAGGCAGAGAGACAGAGGGAGGCAGAGAGCCAGAGGGAGGCAGAGAGCCAGAGGGAGGCAGAGAGAAAGAGGGAGGCAGAGAGCCAGAGGAAAGCAGAGAGAAAGAGGGAGGCAGAGAGAGCCACAGAAUGGGAGGAGAACCAGGGAAACAUGCAGGAGAUCAACAGACUAAAACAACUUCUGGAGCUGCUGAUGGUGGACCUUCAACUGGCCCACGUAAGACAUGUCAUUGUUAUUAUUAAAAGGCAGUGUAUAUUCACCCGGCUGAAAAUGAAUGGCGGCAGUAUGCUAACCCAAUGUUAACUUUUAUGCCUUUCCUAAACGUUAACCCUUACCUUAACCUCACUGAAACAAUACCUAACCUUUAACCAUAACCCAACCCUAGGUCCUAAACCUAACCUUCAUUUAUCUCAACCCCUACGCCUUUCUUCUGCCGGUUGAAUAUCCACUUCCUUAUUAACGUCAUUACUGUUGUUGUUGUUGUUGUUGUUAACUGUAUCUGUGCAGGUUGUAAAUAAUUGCAUUAGUGAAACAUCAUUUGUAGGAGUCAUUUCUACAAGCAGAAACAUCAGAGGCAACAUUGUUGUAACAUCACACAAAUUGCAAUGGGAAUUUCUCAAACCCCUAACUGAAUGGGCAAGCUCGUUGUGUGUUUGUAUUUGUACACAUUUUGGACAUAAUUGAUUCCAUAAAAUGUCUCAUCAUUUUUUCAAACCAUGUCAAUACAUUAAUUGACAAUGAAUUGUCCAGAUGAAUUGAUCAAAAUGACUCUACUAUUGAUGUUGUCCAGUGUUUGAUUCAAUUAGCUAGGUCUAAGUUGUAUUUCUAUGUAUCAUUCUCUGCAAAUGCUUUGAAAGUAUGUCUUGGUCAAAGAUUAUCACUAAUUUAACCUUUUCAAAUUAAGCAAGAGAUAGAGAGAUUGAGGAUCAGGCAGAAAGUCAUGGAGGAUCAGCGACCAAGACUGGCCUGGAACAACAAACCUAUUGAGACAGAAAGAGAGAGGGAAAGAGAGAAAGAAAGGGAGAGAAAAGCAGAAUUGGAAAGACAAGAAAUGAAGAAGAAAGUGAAACAGGCAGAAGAAACGAUAAAAGUGUUAGAAGGAGAGAUUGAGAGAUUGAAAGAGACUGAAAAGGAAAUCAUAUUUGAAAGAGAAAGAGACAUGCGUAUUGCAGAGAAUGAGAAAGUCAAACUGGUUAACGAAAAGGUGAAAGAGUUAGAGAGAGAGGUUGAGAGACUGAAAGAAGAUAUGACAACAAAAGAGAUUCAAUACAAAAUCAAAUUUGAAAAAGCAAAAGAAGCGUAUAGAAGACAGAAUGAGAGAGUGAAACAGGUUAACCAAAAUGUACUAGUGUUAGACAGAGAGGUUGCGAGAAUGAAAGAAGAGAUUAGAUUGAAAGACGAGACUGAACCAAAGAAAACAUUUGAUAGAGACAGAGAGAGAGAAAAGGAUUGGAGACGAACUGAAGAGGAGAUGAAAAAUAGAGUGGAGAGAGAGAUGGAGAUGGAGACAGCCCUCAUCAAUGACAAAAAGAAGUCUGAAUUGGAGGAAGUCUUCAAGAAAAUCAAGGAACAGCUGAAAGAAUUAGAAAAUAUGGAAACAGACAAAUAUAAAUGGAAACAGAACCAAAUGGACAUGGAGGAGAAGAUGGAGGGUGAGAACAACAAACAGAAAGAGGUAGAAAGAAAGAGAAUGGAGAAAAUACCAAAACAGAGACAACAAGAAGAUGAGAAGAAGAAGGAGAUGGAGAGAGAAGAAGAAGAGGAGAGACGCAAACAGAAGCACAUAGAGAUGGAAGAGGAAGAAAGAGAGCGGGAGAAAGAGAGACAGAGACAGAUCAAAAGGAAGAGAAUGGAGAAGAGACAGAAAAACAUUGAAAGAGAAGAAGAGAGACAGCGAGAGAUUGAAAGAGAGCAUGAAGAAGAAAGAUGUAAACAGAUGCAAAUAGAGAUGGAAGAGGAAGAAAGAGAAGAAGAAGAGAGACAGAGAGCGAUCGAAGAGAAAGAGACACAGAGAGAGAUGGGAGAGAAAGAGAUACGACGACAACAACAAGAGGAGAGAAAGAGAACGUUUGAGAGAGAUCAAGAAGAAGAAGAUAUAUGGAAACAGAAGCAAAUUGACAUGGAGAAGGAGGGAAGAGAGAAGGAGAACAUGAGACAGAGAGAGAUAGAAGAGAUACACAGGGGACAACAACAAGAGGAGAGACAGAAACAAAUGGAGAUGAAGAAAGAAAGGGAGAAAGACAAUGAGAAUCAGAGAGAGAUGGAAUUAAAAGAUCAGCAACAAAAAGAGAUGGAGAAAGAAAAGAUGAUUAUGAGAGAGAGGGAGGAAGCAGGAAGAAGAAAGGAGGGGCAGAAAAAUAUUUUUGGGGAAAUUGAAGGACAGAAUGAACUGGAGAUAGAACAGGAGAGAGAGAUGGAAGAAAUGCAGGAAGUGAUUAAGGAAGCAGAGGAAGAGUACAGGGAAAGAGAAGAGAGAGCAAAGGAAGUAAGCAUGAAGUGAUUAAGGAAGCAGAGAAAGAGUACAGGGAAAGAGAAGAGAGAGCAAAGGAAGUAAGCAUGAAGUGAUUAAGGAAGCAGAGGAAGAGUACAGGGAAAGAGAAGAGAGAGCAAAGGAAGGAAGCAUGAAGUGAUUAAGGAAGCAGAGGAAGAGUACAGGGAAAGAGAAGAGAGAGGAAAGGAAGUAAGCAUGAAGAAACAUGUAGUAGUUAAUGUUAAAGCAAAAGCACGGGACGUCUUCAAUAGACGUAAAGAGAGGAGGUUAGAAGUGUUGAAGGGGGAACGAGAACACAUAGAAAGAGGACAACAAAUCAGCAGGGAGAAGGAGGAAAGACGGCUGGAGAUGGAAAGAAAACAGGAGAGGGCAAGACGACAAGAGGAGCAGGAUAAAAAACAAGAGAUUGAAAUUGCUAGACAGAAAGAAAUGUUCAGACUAAGAGAGGAGGAGAGGCAGAGAGAGGAAGAGAGAGAGGAUCAGAGAAAGAGAGCCAUUGAAGGCUAUUUAUCUUUAAUCAGCGAGAGAGAGAAGAUAACAGAGGCAAAAAAAAGAGAGGAGAUGGCGGAAGAGGAGGAGGAAAAGGAAGAUGACAAGGAGGACCUUGUCCCACCCUAUAAAAAUAGCCGAAGGGGAGCAAUGGGCUGGGUGAAUAAGAAGUGGGAGAAGAGGAACAUCAAGAAGAUAGAGAGAGCAUAUCAGAGAGAAGCUGAGGAGGGCUAUAAGAUCGUCCACAUAGGUAAGACCUGUUUUCCCUCUGCUUAUAACAUCAUCCUCUUUAGUCUCCUCUACACACAUAAGUUCCACACCAGUCAUCAUGUUGCAUCAUUGUUUCAAUAUAAAACUACUGUCCAAAAUGCUGAUCUAUUAUCAACUUAAAUGGAAUGUACCCAGGGAAUUUAGAAUGGAAAACCCAACUGGAUCUCAAUGGUCCUGGUCUAAAGUAGUGCAUCAUAGCCUUUUGGGGCCCUAAGAAACGCUUUGUUUGAUCUGGAGAUGGCCAGCAGGAGGGGCCAACGAGGCCACAGGCAUGGGCAGAGAACCAGGAGGGGAGUUCAGAGAACCAGCAGGAGUGGCCAGAGAACCAACAGGGGGGGCCAGACAGCCAGCAGCUAGAAGCUCCAGAAAAGGCUGAGACAUCAGAGCUAAUCUCAAAGAAAAAGAAAAGGCCAGGCAUCUGGAAGAGAAUUAAGAUGGGGUAAAGAAUGUUUAAACACAUGUAUUCAUGUUUUACACUGUUAAUAUAUAUGUUGUCACUUCUAUUAUCCAAAUGUGAGGGUUUAGUGUACAUGCAACACACAUGUAAAUAUAUAGAUACUUACCUGUCUCUGAUGUCUCACAGUAUUCCUGACCUGCUGUCUGCCUAGAGCUGGAACUCGACGAAGCCACAGUUCCAUUGAGGUUACGUUGGUCAUUAAAAGUGUCGCCCAAUAAUUCCUCCUCCUCUUUAAGUCAUCAAGCCACAUUUCCUCCACAAAACAUUAUCGUCUCCUCAAGCCAGCAAGUAUCCUCUUUAUCAGGCAACAAACCAUCGAAGGUCAGUGACCCUCCUCCCCAGAGCAGAGGUUCUCAUCUUUAUCCUAAUUAAAUUCAUCUCUACUCACCACCUCUACAGUCCUAGAAAAUAUCCCCAAAUGGACAUGGUUUAAACAGAAGUCCUCCCCUGAGACCAGUGGCUCCACAAACCAGAGUUUCUCAUCUUUAUUCAAGUUGAACGCAACUCUGAUCAUUUCCACCACCUCACCUGUUAAGGGGAGGUGCUGAAAAGGAGGUCUGGGAGGAGGUCUGCAGGGAGCCUGGACCGGACCGGUAGCAGCUAAGUUGCUGGCUCCAUCCCCGGGCAGAGCUACUCAAGUCAGGCCAGUGAUGU